UGCGUAUACGUAUAUGUUGAUAGCAAGAUCGCCAGUGUAUUUCAUUUAAGGGCAGCACAACAGGGCAACGUCUCCGUCAUGCAUUGGUGUCUUGUGCUGUGUAUUCUUCUGUGCCUGUGUGUUGGUGUCUUCUGUGACCAAGGUGCAGCUGUACAAAGUAUUGACUGCAAGGAGACGGCGGAGUCAUUCUUAGCAUCUGGAGCUUGCAGUUCAACCCAAAAUUGCACUUUGCAUUGCCAGGACAGCUGCUACAAUGACAGUUAUGCCGAAGUGUUGGGCACUGUGUUGUACGCGCAGGCCUCAUCCAUCUGUAAGAGUGCCCUGCAUGACUUGCGCAUUUCAUCCUGGAAUGCCAGUGCCAGAACGGCCACCUUCGUGGCCUCUGGACAGCAUGACAGACGUAAAGACUUUUUUGGAUCUGUGCGUUUCAACAUUCCGUCAAAAGACUACUUUCAGGAGUCGACAUAUUUCUAUUUCACCUCGCCUAGGGUCACCGAAGAAAUAUUGGACGUCACCAUGCUCCAUCGUAACUUUAUCUACACAUCUGAUAAGCAACACAAGUCAGGCACGUCGUCGGAGAGUACACCCUCGCAGGAAUGCCACGUGCCUGAUAAUUACUCAGCGUACUUUGAUUACACACUUAAAGAACUCGAACUCAACGCUACUGUGAACCUGUCUCCGUCGCCCAGCAACGGACGCUACACCAUCACCUGGCCGGCGACACUUUUCCCUCAUAUUCGCACCAACAUGUUCUGGUGCAGAAUCCACAAUAGAAUGACGUCAGACAUCGCAUCCCCCGCCAUGUACUUCGCUGCACCAAUUCGUCCAAGGCAUUACACGAUCACCGUAAGCCUAGGAGAUCCACUCAGCAUAGAAGUGGACCCUCAGGGAGGAGGAAAGGUGGAGUGGUGGGUGAGGAACAAUGGCAGCGGGAGCGGUGACCAGCCUAUUGUGAAAAACAGUAGCGACAAUAUAGAUAAGCUAAUCUACGAAAGAGCUGCGUUGCACCACAGCGGAGAAAGGAGCGCGCUCUGA